AAAUUUGAGAGCCUGUCUAAGGUAAGCUCCAUGACCAGCCGUAUGAAAUCACUGAAAUAUUUGGACAUGAGCAACAACUUGCUGAGUCACGAUGCAGCUGAUGGGCAAUGCCAAUGGGCUGAGUCUCUGACAGAGUUGGACCUGUCCUCAAAUCAGUUGAUGGAUGCCGUUUUUGAGUGCUUGCCAGUCAACAUUGAAAAACUCGACCUACAGAACAAUCAGAUCAACAGUGUGGCCAGGGGGACGGCUGAGCUGAAAUCCUUGAAAGAGCUGAACCUGGCGUCAAACAGGCUGGCUGACCUGCCGGGGUGCAGUGGCUUUCCGUCCCUGGAGUUCCUGAACAUAGAGAUGAAUUCAAUCCUCACCCCGUCUGCCGACUUCUUCCAGAGCUGCCCAAGGGUCAGGGAGCUACAAGCCGGGCACAACCCGUUCAAGUGUUCCUGUGAACUGCAAGACUUUAUCCAUGUGGAGAGGCAGUCUGGGGGGAAGCUGUUUGGCUGGCCAGCGGCAUACGUGUGCGAGUACCCAGAAGACUUGCGAGGAACACAGCUGAAGGACUUCCACCUGACUGAACUGGCUUGCAACACG